AUGAAGAUAUGCAGUCCUCCAGAGAGUCAGAUCAAAGACGUUGCAUUAAGCCUGAACGUAAAUUACAGGAGCGAGUCGGAGCUCAAGCGAUGGCUUUAUCAUCUGGAGAAACAGAUCCAACUCAGUGGAGGAAACCUGGAUGGGUCUCUCCCAUAUCAGAGCGACUGGAAGCAGAACUCCUUCAGGAAAGAGGAACUGAGGUGGUCUGUGCAGAAUAUGCCUGUCCAAGAAUGGAGAGGGACCCAACGGGAGUCCCUCGGCGAUGUCCUCUGCGUCUCCAAAGUGAAGCUGCAGCAUUUGCCUUUCCAGGAGCAGCAUGACAGGCUUUUGAUCCUGUACCCGUCCACACUGGUGAUCAUCUCUGAAGAGCGCAAUGGCCUCUACUUCAAGGGAGAACUGCCACUGAAUGCAAUACAAGUUCAUUUUGAAGAAAAGCAAAAAAGCUCCUUUCUAAUAGAAGGCCGACUAAUAAACUCAAUCCGGGUCACUUGCCCCAGUUACGAAGAUUACCAGGAGUGGCUGUACUGCCUGAAAACAGCCCAGUUUCGAAAUGCUGACUCUUCCAUUUCGGGAUCCGAAAGCCUCUCGGGAUCAAAGCCACCUCACCUUGUGCAGUUCCCGGGCAGCGGGAGAGGCUCCCCCACCUCUGAUGGCCGGACGAACUCCUGGACGUCAAGAGGGAAAGUGACCACCUCAGCCCACCUCUCCCAGCACAGCGGCUCCCUCCCUGACCAGCAGUCAUUUGUUCUGGUGCCGGAAGGCAGAGUGAUUGACGACCCCCUGUCCCCAGGCUAUGCCCAGCCUGUCCAUUGCUGGCCAAGCACGGGGGUUGCCAAACCAGAACUGAGGAGGAGUGGCAGCGCUCGGAAGUCCAAAGGCAAAUGUGGCCCUCCCCAGCAGCUGCAGCCCAGCAGCCAGGACUCGGAAAGGGCCGCCUUUAGCUUUCCCGAAAGCCCCCAUGGGGAGCUGCUGUCCCCCGUGUACAACGAUCCCUAUUCUGCACUGAGCUCCCAGCGGCACCCACUGCACCUGGACUUGAACAACUUGAAUCGAUGGAGCUUGGGGGAAAGUCAGACUCCGACAGCUGCCAGCAAUCUGGAAAAACCGGCCCCACCCUGCUCCCCCUUGUACGCCGACCCCUACACUCCGACCCCCACCGCUGGGCUCAGAGUUGCAGACGCUGACUUCCUGGAAGAGUUUGUAAAACGUCAUGGUCAGACGGGCUCAGAACGGCAGCUGAACGGCUACGCAGAAAUCCCAGGGGCCCGUCCCCCGCCACCCCAGAACUACUGCCAGCCAGUGCCCAGCAGUCGCAGGAGAGAGCCGCCCGCAGCACAAAGAUGCGUCAUCCCUGGCACCUCGAGUUGCUUCCCGCUGGCCCCUCCGGCCGACGUGCCCUACCCAUCACACGUCCCCUCCUUGAAGGAAGAGUGUCUGGGAUCUUCGCUGCAGUCAGCAGACGGAAGCCCUGGCGUCUACCACCUGCCUGGGAAUGGCCGCGUGCGGCACGACUCUGCCUAUCACGACUACACAGAACUCCACAGCUGCCACAGCGACUUCAGUUACGACAACCUCUGGGAUGCUGAGGGGAAUGAGCCGGGCAUCCAGCAGGCCGGGCCCAGCUCCUGCCAGCAGAUUUAUCACGUAUGAGGGCAGGAAGCCAAAGCUGUGCUUAUAAAAACUCCUGUGCCGGGCCCCACCCUGACCGCUCUGUUUUCAGCUGUGUCUUUGGGCUGUGAAGAGUCUAGGUGUGUCUAGGAUGAUCAGGGGGAAUAAUCCCUACAGCGAUUGAGGCCUCCCUGUGCGUGCUGCGCCCUGGAUCCGGCAGGUUUUCAUCAGGUUGGACCUUUUCCACCAAAUCUUAACGUGAUGCCAACGAGCACGAACAAGACUCUACAAAUCGCAAUGAAAAAUGAAGUGCCCCCUUAGCCCCGGAUAUUUCUACAGCAUUAGCAGGUUCUUGGACACGUGGCUUUCUGAAGAAACCCGCUGUCCCGGCGGUGUAGGGGAUGUGGCGUUACUCUUGUUUUAUGCAGUAGAAAAGCCUCCCUACUAAUCCCACUGCCUUCGGCUAACAGGACGUCGUGUGUAUGGAAGGAGCAGUAACUUAAAGGGGGUAUAAAUGGAGGAAGCCGGUCACUGGAUAGGUUAGUUUGGGCGCGAAGUAUUAAAGAGCUCUGCAUUGGGAGACCUGAUCACUUUCUUUUCCAGGGAUCCCUCUUAGUUGGCAACAUUGGAGGUAGCUUUAAGCCUGGAGCACUGUUAGUUAGCCAGCCCUGUCCCCACUGAGCAUCAAGUCCGUGAAGACCUGUGAACAUUCACCAUCACUUCAAGUCAGCAGGUUGGGUAACAACUGCAUUUGGCCUGUUAACUCGGAGCAAAAGUCAGAACUGGUGAUGGAGAUGAGCAGGCAGAAAUCCUGACCUGAUCCACAGGCUGCUCAGGUUAACAGAGGGGGGGUCAUCUUCCCGGCCAGUGGCAGCCCAGACACUGUGGUGAUGGGUGCCGGUGGAAGAAUCUGCAUAGCUUGGCCAGCACUGAGAAAGAGACUGAGAGGAAAUGGGUUACCUGGGAAGUGCUCUAAAGGGCACGUGUUUUCAGAAGAGUUCUCCUGGAUCCCUCCUUAGGAAACUUUUUUUUUUCUCUCCCCGUUCAGACCUCUGCAAGUUUACUGAACUCAAUCAAAACUCGGUCUUUGUAUAUCUGGGCAGGAAACCAUCACAAAGCAAAACUCCUGCCUGAUCCUCCGAAGGCUCCAAUAAUCUCAGGAAUCCUGGUAUCCCGAGCGCCCCCCUGAGUGGCCCUAGGGGACGGCAGAACACUACCACACCACCACCAUUCCGGAGGGGCCAGCAUAUGAGCUUUAUCGUUUUCUAGCUGCUUCAGCCAGAUCCUUCCUCACACACGGGGUCAGCUGCAAGCCAGCAUCCUUUACCGGAGGCUCCAAAUUCUAACCUGCAUUCCCCACGCGGACUGUAGAACAAACUGUAUUCAGGA